CCUAAUAAUUAUCACUGCAGAUUAUUGGUUUCUUGGAAACAUAUUAUUUUUAAUCGUAUAAGUAAUAUUAUUAUUUAUUACGUGUUGACAAAAGAAAAAUAAUAUAAUCGAUAAUUUAGAGUACUUAUAUUUAGUAUUGGCCAUGAUGUCAUCGUCUGACAAAAACAAUUGUUCUCAAUGUCAAAAUAAAAAAACAAUUCAAUUUAAUAACUCUAAAAAACGGCAACCAACCACUUCACUCACGGCUAAUAAUGUUGACUACAAUAUUCCUUCUACUUCAACUGCUCAAUACGACCGACCAUCCAGUCCAGAAGACGCCAGUUGUGUUAAUAUCAGAAACAUGGUUUUUUUGAAAAAUGUUUACAAAAAUGUUCCCACAUUAUCAGAGCAGUUCCUUGUAGGGGUAAAUUGUGCGGUUAUCAAAAUAUUACAAGAAAUCGAAGAAAAUCACAAAUGUUGUGUUAAAAAAAAAUCAAAUAAACAAACACUAAAACGACGACCACCUAAAUCAUAAUAAUAUUGAAAUGUGUCUUUUUUCAAAAAAUACGUUUGUGAAAUUUUCAAAAAAAAAUAAUAAACAUUAAUUUUAUAAGAGUUAAAAAAAGUUGAUCGUCAUAUCACAAAUAUUCUUAUGACCAUCUGAAGAAUACAUUUUGACAAAAUAAGAAAUUCACAGAUAAAAAAUCGAUUUUUCAUCAAUUUUUUUAGCUAUUUUACUGUAGGUACUUAAAAAGUAUUAAUCGUAAAUACUCAAAAAAUAUUUUUUUUUGGCUAGUACUCAUAUUGCGCACAUUUACCUAUUUACAACUCGUUAAAAAUUAUUAUACUCUACUCAAACAACACUUUCCUUCACCUUAUAAGGCUUAAGACUUUCUGUCGCUCAUCAUAAAUUCUGAUGUUAUUUGACUUAUAACUUAUAUGUUAUAUGACUACAUAGCGGAUUUGAAAAUAUUGUUUGAACUAUUUAUUUUAGUAUAGCUUCCUUAGAAAGCCAUUGUUCACAAUUUUGUCAAAUUACAAAUUACACAAAUUACAAUUAGGUA